CCGUGCUUGAGUGGAUGGAUGCUUUGGAGUCCUACGUGAUGGUUUCUUGUUACUCUGGCUAGUUGCAAACCCCCGUCUACCUGACUUGUCAUCCGAACACCAGGUUGAAGGGAAACCCGGCGAUAGAUGACCGAGUUGGAAUCUCGAUUUCCACCACGUCAUAGUCCCCCGAUACUACUGCCGUUCCAAUGCUUGAUACAUCUGCCGCGGAUGACGGCCGGCGGUCGGGCUCGGAUGACCGGCCUGUCGAUGGAUACGACACCGACGCAAAGGAGACCGACCUCGACCAGCCGCUCAUCACAAAUGCACCCGAGAGGCGGCGCAGGAACAAGCGAUACAGGCGGUUGCCGGCGUGUCUCACGGUUCCAUGGCCAUUUUGUGUCCAUCUCCUGUUAGGCGUCGCCAAUAUUGCCUUUUUGUUGCACACGACUCGCUACCUCGGCGUUGCAUCUCCCAAGCCACCGUACUCACCCGCAAACGAUGCCGCAAGCCAUUUCGUCCUCAAGCAGUUCGAGGGAGUCGUCGAGGGAACGGUCACGCCAUACAACGGUCCGCCUGGACAGGAGGUGGAAAAGGCCUGGGAAGAGCUGCUACGAACCGCCAUGUUCUGGAUCACCAAGGAUGAGCUUGAAACGGCAUUCGGCGCUGGUUACAACGGGUUCCCCAUCCCUAGAAGCGACGGCUUGUACCUCGGUGGCAUGACCGUGGGACAUGAGCUUCAUUGUCUGGAUUGGUUACGAAAGUGGUCGUGGUCAGAGCAUUACUACCCCAACAGCACGCCCGAGGCAAAAGGACAUCAGCGGAAACAUUUCGACCAUUGCCUCGAGAUACUUCGAAACUCCGUGAUGUGCCACGCCGACCCGACACUAUACUCGAUCCACUGGUACACCAACAGGUGCGGCGACAAACCGGACCUCUCGACCAUGCACGUCUGCCGCGACUGGGACGCCUUGCACGGCUGGGCCCGCUCGCGAGCGCUGGACAACAUGACGCUGUUCCCGGGCCAUCCUCUGUACGGCAACGGGUCGUGUGGAGUGGACGGCGGACCGCAAGAGGAGCUCAAGUUUAGAUUUGCCGAGGAUGGACACGGUGUCGAGAUUAUUGGGUUUGAUAAGACGGCGGGUCAACAGUGAACUCGAGCAGCCCUGCUGUUGUUACCUUUUUACGGGGAUUUACCAUAAUCAUUCCAUAUUGUUUGUCCCUGGCUACUCUAAAGCGUGGUUAGAAUCAACGACAGCAAGAGAAUAGCAUCAAGUUGACAAACAUUCAUGCUGAGAGCAGUUAGGGCCGUG